AUCGUAGCUUGGAUAAAUCCUUGACUACCUUGACGAGCAGACCUCCUGAUUUGCGGCUGGGCAUCGGAUUGCCUAUGAGCAGGAUAUAUGCAGAAUAUUGGGCUGGCAGCCUUGAACUGCAUAGUUUGGAGGGAUAUGGGGUCGACGUGUUCCUGCAGAUUUCUAAAUUGGGCAACAAGAACGAGCAGCUUACAACCAGAGCAAGCAUGGAUGCCGUCUAGAGCGCACCUUCCCAAACCCAUUCGGAGCUUGUGGUCGCUGCUGCUUUUGGAUACAGAUGGAGAAUCUGGAUAACCUUCUGCCUUCCUGUUCAUAUUUGACUCUGCGUCAACAACUUCAGCGAGGCCUUUUGGAUGCUCAUUCCGUGACCCAUUUAGCAUCUCAGCUUGGCUUCGGUUUAUCAUUCCAUAACAAAAGCAGCUGUCCACUCAGCAUGGACCGCGAGACUCCACUGUACGGCGUUGAACUGGCAAAGCUCAAGAACCUAACAGGCGAACCGAGAUCUCAACGACGAUUGCAUUUCCGCUUGAUGUCGGAUGCCUUCCCUACAAGGCAAUCAGCGUUGGACCUGUACAUCCCUGCCUUCCAUCGAUAUGACAGCCCCGAUCCUUCGCAUGAAACCAAUUGUCAUUUCGCCCGGUAUCUCGAUGUGAUUUCUACUUGGAAGAACCUUUCUACCUGUCAGGCACGAGAGCUCGAGUUCUGGGAAGAGAUGUUCGCGGCAGUCCUCGAAUAUCUUAUCUCCAACCGUGUGAUGGAAAUCAUCGACAACAUGGACAAAUAUAUCGGAGGACGUCAUGACACCAGUCUUGAUCUUCGCAUCUGCGACUUUGUCAAUAGCCUCGGCAGUAAAUCGUUCCCCGUUAAUAUCCAGGAUGUUAUAAAUGGCAUGCUCGAGCUAUACAAACGCCAUGGAAUGCAGCACUGUUGGUUCUCUUCUAGUGGCGACCUACACAAUACGUUGUGUGACUUUUUGAGGACUCGGGACUGCUUCCAGGAUACACCCAUCCAUCCUACGAUAAUGGUACAUUUGUCUGCUGUGAGGAAUGCUAAAGGAGAACCGGCAAUCACUGGGACUGUCAAGUGGCGUGGUCCAUCGAUGAAGUUCGAUCAUCUCCAAGCUUUUGCCACAGAAGGAUCGGAUUACCACGUUAUCCCCCGUUACACGGAGCCAUUACUCGAUUCACGAUACCAUUCUCACCUCACACGGCCGGAGUAUUACCUUGCUUCGGAUUGCAUCAACUUCAGUUGGCAGCAGCCGAUUGAAGGAUUUCAAGGAUGCGUACCUUCUCCCACCUCAGAAGCAACCACACCUACACACGACCAUCAUCAACAUGCAAGAAUCCAUCAGACUCCUCUCGAUAUUGCUUCUGUGGCUUCUAGGCUCUUUCCAGGUAUUGUUCGGUACGAACGGCAGUUACGUGUCCAAAUCCAGCUAGUGAUACACAGAGCUCAUACUACCACUACACCUAAGACAGCGAUGAGUGUGGCUUCUGGACAUAGACAACCUCAGAAGCCGGAGCCCCUCACCCCUUGUUCCAGGCCUUCACCACUUAUAGAAAGCCAGAAACCCUCUUCCAGCCCUCAACGUUAUGCCCAUUCGAAGCCUUGGAAUGCUCUUUCACAAGUUCAAGAUACAGAACUGCUUUCGAAAGUGGCAACUGCCUCUCCAUUUGACAGUUUACUACAUCUGGAACAUUACAAUUGGCCCAACCCGCCUGACUCCCACAAAGGGCAAGUUAAGUCCGGUAUGCCCAGUUCUUUGUCGGACUUGUCACACUUGAUGCGGGGGAACAAAAGAGCUACGAAAUCCCCUGCGGUGAAGGAUACGAUUUCAAACAAGCUGGUUUCAACCGAGUCGGCCGAUGAAAUUUUGUCUUCCGCUCCCCAAAAAGCCGAUAUCGAAAGCUGCGCACUUGACUACACUUCCAAGUUCUGGGGAGAGCCACUGUUGAAUACAGAGUCUACCAACAUUGGAGUCCAUGCACUCGCCGGAGUCGUACGCUCGCCGGAUCCAGUAGCACGAUCUCCACAAGAGUGUUCUCCCUCAACAGUAAGAUCAUUCCAAGGAACGUGCAGUGACUCCGUAAUUCGAUUAGGCGCCUCCUCUCGUGACAAAUCCCGGACGCAACUGACCGAAGUGCCGAGGACGUCAUUUUGGGCCAACUGGCAACCAGAUCAAACGAAGAAUACAAGUCUUUUAACGGAAAACAGAUCGUCAGGGUCCACGCAUUUAACUCAACAUGCUGGCUGGGGCAAGAAUGUUCCGGCAUGGAGUAACUGACACCUGUAACGAAGAAAUGGACCAUGUGGUGCAGCCGAGUGUACAACGAUCCUGGGGCUCAAGCAGUCCCGAGGCACCUUUGGAGAUGAAAAGCAGCCAUUUUGGCGACAAAGGUAAACACAGGGCUGAAGACCGACUUAUCAACUCUCCGACUUCUCGGAAACCAGUGUGUCGAAACUUUGACAUGGCCUGCGGACAACGUAGCGAUGUUGUCGCUGCUUGUCUAACUCCUACAAAACCACCUUCCGAUCAGCUUACCGACACAUCAUUCCGCAAGCCUUGGGAU